CAAAUUCCACGGUGGAUUUAUCAGCAAUCAUUUUUAUAACAGAAAAGUGUUAAAAAAACCUAUAAUACCUGCCACUGCCUGAAGUUUGGAACAAAUGCACUCUGACCUCCAACAUAUAGUGUAGUGUGCGAGAUGCCGCAGAAGGGUAAGGACGUGUGUGUGGAGCUCCCGGACUUUGCAGAUGUCUUGGAGGAAUCUGAACAGGUACUACGAAAAUGCUUCAAGCAAUACAAAACCGACGAAGUGUUCCUGUCCUUCAACGGCGGUAAGGACUGCACCGUGCUCCUGGACAUAGCCCUCAAUGUGCUGACCGACAUAUACAAAGACAAAUCUGUGAUAAAGAAUCUUAAGGUGCUGUACAUAAGGACUAACAGUCCAUUUAGAGAACUAGAAGCUUUCGUGAAGCAAGUGGAAGUCCACUACGGGAUCACACUGGAGGUAGCCGAAGGCGAGUUAAAAAGCACCUUGCAAAGGAUUGUGGACGAAGACAGUAGGCUAACAGCCUGUCUCAUGGGCACGAGGCGGACCGACCCGUAUAGUCAAGAUUUGCAAUUUAUGCAGAAAACUGAUGCCACCUGGCCCCAAAUAAUGCGCGUGUCUCCGCUGCUGAAUUGGUCGUACCACCAGAUAUGGAGCUAUAUCCUGGCGCGGCAGGUGCCGUACUGCAGCCUCUACGAUCAGGGAUACACAUCAAUAGGCAGCACAUUGAACACGUGGCCGAACCCGGCGCUAGCGCUCGACUCGGGCUACCGGCCCGCCUGGCAGCUCGCCGAUGGAACCCGAGAGCGCGCCGGUCGGGUCCCACCCGAGACGAUUAACGGAGUCAAUGGGAAACACGAGAAGCUAUAA